ACGUCCAGCUUCCUGUGUUACCGCCCUUGGGUUGAGAAAUAGACGUCGCAUAAUUCAUUGGGGAGGUUCGUGUUAUCUGGAAAUUUCGUGGCCAGUUUCUUUGGUACCAGGAAAAGAGAUAGGUAGCCUCUCCUUGAUCUGGAGCUGUGAUCCCGAGAAAGACCAGUGUGGCCGUGGUCUGCUGUUCAGUGUUGCUUGGCGAGCUAUAGCCGGCACCAUGGCGUUGUCAUACAAGAAGGACCUGGACAAGUACAAGGAUCUCGAUGAAGAUGAAAUCCUCAGCAAACUGUCUGCAGAGGAGCUCAAACAGCUGGAGACAGCCCUUGAGGAGAUGGACCCUGAGAAUGCUCUUCUCCCAGCGGGUUUACGUCAGAAGGACCACACAGCUAAGAAAGCUACAGGACCAUUUGACAGGGAACGCCUCCUCAAAUACCUGGAGAAGGAAGCAAUGGAGUACAAGGACAGAGAGGAUGUAGUGCCCUUCACUGGGGAGAGAAAAGGUAAAGCAUUUGUUCCUAAGCAGACCCCAAUAGAAGCACAGCAGGUUGAAGUCACAACCCUUGAUCCAGAAUUAGAGGAAGCCCUGUCCAGUGCCACAGAUACAGAACUAUGUGAUUUGGCAGCAAUCCUGGGUGUUCACAAUCUGGCCACCAGUAGUCAGACUUAUGAUGGGACAGGAGCUACAGAGGGUUACAACAAUGUGAUCAAAGGGGAGAAGAUGAACCCAGUGUUUGACGAGCCUCCCAAUCCCACUAAUGUAGAAGAAACACUGCAGAGGAUAAAAAACAAUGACAGCUCUUUAACAGAGGUCAACCUUAACAACAUUAAGAACAUUCCAAUUCCCACACUGAAAGAUUUUGCCAAAGCUAUGGAGAAGAACACACACCUCAAGAAGUUCAGCCUGGCAGCAACACGGAGUAACGACCCAGUUGCUGUGGCGUUCAGCGACAUGCUGCGUGAGAACAAGACGCUGCAAAGUUUGAACUUGGAGUCCAACUUUAUCACUGGGGCAGGGGUGCAGGCUUUGGUUGAUGCAUUACGAGACAAUGACACCCUUACAGAGAUCAAGAUAGACAACCAGAGGCAGCAGUUGGGUACUACCAUAGAGAUGGAAAUAGCUAAAAUGUUGGAAGAGAACAACAGCAUAGUGAAGUUUGGCUACCGCUUCACCCAACAAGGACCUCGCUCCAGAGCUGCUGCAGCCAUCACCAAGAACAAUGACCUGGUUCGCAGGAAGCGAGUGGAAGGGGACCUGUAGGGACAGAGCCCAACCUGUCUCCCAGCAAUCUUGUUUCAUCUCACCUUGUGGAAAAAUUUUAGCCAAUGCCCUGGUCUCAUUUCACUGUGUGGAAACUUUAGUCUUGUGCCAAACUUUGGGGCAAGGCAUGCUCAACCAGAACAUACAUCUGAGAAGGGAAAUAACUGGAAUUGUCCUCUCCCAUACCUGUGUUCAUACUUUUGUUUAUGUUUUUAUUGAAGGUGCAAAUCUGAUUAGUUCUUAGCCAUUUCAUUUCUGCUGUACCUCUUUUGAGCCUUUUUAUAUGAUCUGUCCAGACUUUUUACUUUUUUUCCUUUUUAUACUGUGCUAUAAUCACAUGAACAUUAGCUGGUAACAGAAACAACAGCAGCACUGUAGAAACGGUAACUAACAUUGAGAAAACCCUGUAUUAAGCCCAUUCUUCCAGUGCAACUCCAGUAUUGAAGCAGCAUGAUUUAUCAUUCGAACGGUGGGGAUGGCUCUGAAGUUGGUGCUUGCAGCUGCGUAGACUUCAGGCUCAUAGAAUGAUGUAAUGCAAAAUCAAGCCGAUCUGUUUGAGCUCAACUUAUUGGCAAUCUCUACAGAAUAGCUUAGCCAUGAGUACUAGCCUGCAGCUCCUGUCUGAUUGCAUCAUGGUGCAUUAAAAGUUCUUGGCUUUAAUGUCACUGCGCAGAUCACUGAUAUACAUUUCAUGAGCCAAGUGGUUUGCAGGUGUUUAUCGCGGUUGCCUUUUAAAACUAGCGUGACUGUAGGGCUGGUGUGUGUAACGGUUUGUGUCUGUGCACAAGAUGUUUCUUAGUAAGUACUAGACGCUGGUCAUCCUAAGCAUCUUUUCUUAACUUGAUGUCCAAGCUGAUGGUUCACCUCCUUAUAUAAAGUGUAUACUGAUAAGUGUCGGUGCAUAAAGUUUUAUAUUGCGUUGCUGUCUUAUUCUAGCUGCAAUUCUUGUUUUGAUAUGGUUCAGAUCUUGAUGUUGGUUGUUCUAAUUGCUUAUUUCUCAACAUAAAACAUUACAUUUUUGAUAUUUUGAAUUAAAACUGGCAGUGAAAGGAACUGAUUAAACCCAGCCUACACUGAUGAGACUUUGACCUGCUCUUACACAUAAUGAUGUAAAUACUCAACAUGCUGGGUUUCUUGGAAGCGUAACCAUGCCAAAGACUAACACAUGCAGUGCUUAAAGUAUCAAUAUUGGAUGUAAUUCUUGGAUCAGGUUUUUGGCUUUGUCAGCUACAGUCACUUCCUCAUAGUACAGAUCUGGGAGGGGAGUCUGGAUUAACUACAAUGAGCUAGACUUUUUUUUUAUUUUU